GAGAACCGGAAGCUUCAAAGCAGCGAAAACAUCGACUUAUCGGAGCAGGUGGGUCUGAAUCUUUAGUUACACCCACGCGUGACCUUUGACCUGCACGCGGUUAGUGUUAGAGUCUCUGUUCCGCCGUACCUGAGCACGGCCAGGGGUGCUUGUUCCAGCUGGAGGUACACGGAGUCCUGCCGAGGUCUGUUUCUCACACACGCACGCACAGAGGCGCGUGUCUGUUAGUGAGUGCGUGCACUUCUGUUGUGUUUCACGCGCAGAUGUUUCUGUAAACACGAUGAAGCUGGGGGUCACGUGAUGAAGCGGAGCUGCAGUCAACAUGUGCUGUCAGAAACGUCGGGAUGAUCGGAAAGAUUCUUGCUCAGCUUAUCGGGAAUGCCAGCGAGGACCUGGAGUCAGCAGGAGAAGAACACGAGACGCUGCAGGAGUUCGAGGACGAGGGCUGGGUCAUCGUUAACCUGCCAGAGGACGGGCUUCUGUCGGCUCCAGACGGGGACCUCCUCGAGAACCUGCUGAUCGAACACCCGAGCAUGUCCGUCUACCAGAUGAGACGCGGGGUGGGUGUAGCCGAGGAGGAGGAGCCGGGCUCUGAUGAAGAGGAAACCUCAAGGCCUGUGGCGGUAAGGCGGCAUGUAUCCUGGCGUAUUGCCGCCUGGGGGCUUCCUCUGCCGUACAACAUCCAGCUGCCGGCGGCGCAGCGUGCCAGGAGCCGUGCUGAAGGCAGGAAGCUGAGCCGCGGCGCCCUUCACAGGCAGAACCUCACCAAGACACGCUUCUGCCCUGCAGAGCGGCGCUACGGACACUUCAAGCAGCCCUGCCAGCGUCUCUACAACUACUGACUCCGAUAUCGGCGCCGCUCAGGCUUCACCUCGCCGUUACAUCACGUGACAUUCACCACUUCCUGUGCAGUAAUCAAACAGCUGAAAGAACCACACGUUUUUCAUUCUUCUGUAAACUUUAUUGUCAGCAGGGCGAGCGCCGCGGCAGAACAGUCACUGCUCAGAUUAAUGUUGAUGAUGUCAGAGCUUCGUGCUCUGUCGCCGUGUUCAAAUCUGUCAUUUUGGCGGCUUCGCUCUUCUUCUGCGUGUUAAAGUGUGUGAUGAGUUGACCUCUUGACCUUUGCAGCGCUCCUGCUGCUUUUCUACUUUUUAUUUGACACAAAUGUGAAAUUUUAAUUUUU